CAGACCAGAUGUCCACCUGGAGAUUUAUCACUCUGUAAUACACAUCUCUAUUUUAAUUCCUUUACUUCGUUGGCGUUUUGGAAGCUAAGCUUACAUUUGGGAAUCUUUUCCUGAAUGAUUUCUUUUAAAAAAUGUCAGGCAAGCAAAUUAUGGCAUUUCUAGCUGGAUUAGGGGGAUUGGGUGCGACCAUCAGCGCCACUGUGUCUAACGAAUGGAAAAGCACAAGCAGGGCUUCAUCUGUCAUUACAGCCACCUGGGUGUUUCAGGGACUUUGGAUGAACUGUGCUGGGAAUGCGAUUGGAGCUGUGCACUGCAGGCAGCACCACACCAUCUUCAAACUAGAGGGUUACAUCCAGGUCUGCAGAGGCCUGAUGAUCUCGGCUGUGUGUCUUGGUUUCUUUGCGACUGCCUGUGCUCUGGUGGGAAUGAAGUGCACCAAAAUUGGAGGAAGUGAUCAACUAAAGGCACGAAUUGCAGGCUUUUCUGGACUUCAGUAUUUUAUUGCUGGUCUCUGUUCUUUGACUGCCUGCUCGCUGUAUGCCCACAGGAUAAUGUCUGAAUUUUUUGACCCCAUGUUUGUGGACCAAAAGUAUGAACUGGGGGCAGCCCUGUUCAUUGGUUGGUCAGGAUCUGCUCUGUGCAUUCUGGGAGGGAUUGUGUUCUUAAUGUCACUGUUUGAUGGCUUCAACAAAAGCUCAAGUAAUAUGGACAGGAGACGAUAUGUCUAUAGCACAUCCACUUAUGUUUCUAGUCCCGAGAAGACACAAAACCAUUCAACCAACAUCAGAAGACCCCCGACAGAAUACAGUACCACCUCGAAAAACUUUGAUAAAAAUGCUUAUGUAUAAAAUACACAAAAGAUGGAAAGAAGCAGCUGGUUAUAGUGGUUACCUGUAAUACAAACCUGUUUAAGUUUUUGCUAUCUGACCUGAAACAUUCUCUAAUGUCAGUGUCCUGGUCAGCAUAACAAUUACAUAUAGCAAUGAAAUUUGUACCACAUAAUAAAUUAAAUAAAAUUGCCUAGAUAGCUUAGAAAUGUUCAAAUAGAAAAUCAAAUAUUAAAUAUUAAAGUUUUCUCCCCACAUUGUCUAACUUUAAUAAUUUACUGAUGAUAAUAAUAAGUAUUUUCUGCAAAGUAUAGAUUAAAUUCACACAAUGAACUCUAUGUACAGUAUUUACAGAGUUUGAAUUUGACAUUUGUUUAUUGUCCAUGAACCUACACACUUAUCUGGAGAAACUAGCUUCAGAUUAUAGAUCUUGAAGUUAGCCCAUAAUUCCUCAUCUGAGGAGCAUUUAUAGAACACAUUGUCAAUAAAAUUUCCUUCAUUGCUGUACUUUCAGGUUUAUCAUUUGUCAAAUAUCCUAAUAGAAAUGACUGAUGUAUAAAAUUCUUUUGGUAAGUUUUUGUGUAGGAAGAGUGUAGUUGCGAUUUUGCAUAUAUUUGAUAUACAUUAGCACGAUAAGUGCCAUUUGCCACACUUUUACAACUACAAAUCUGUUUAUAGUUUAUUAAUGUUUUAUUUUCCAUUUUCAAGUUGUACCCUACAAUUUUGCUGAUUCUGUUUUUAUUACUUUAUUAAUGUCAUGAUCAAUUUAAAUGAAACAUAGCAGUAGCACUUUGUGUGAAAGGCUCUGCUUUAAUUAAGCUAUUAUUACAGUAUGCUGUUAAUGAGUAAACAUUCACAAAUAAUUAAUAUAUUUAGUCAACGAUUCAUCACACUUUAUUGUUACUUAGUAGAUUAAACAUUUCCUCAUAGGUUACUGAGUACCUAAAAUUUAAGUAUGGCAAAACCUUUCAUUGUAUUGAAAUAGUCUUUUCUGAAUUAGGAUAAUUUAUUUUAUGAGUUACACCUUUUUAUGAGUUACAAUACUUUUGGCAUAAGUAAGUAUUUCCUUUUAAAAUAAAUGUAAGUGAAAAUAUUUGAUUCACUAUUUUGUCCAUUAAUAACAUCUGACAGAACUCAGUGACAGAUGUGGGUUCAAUAUUAAUCAUUUAUGAUGUUUUUAAAACGCUCAUAUGAUUAGUCAUACAUAGCAAUAUUGAUAUACAGCUAUACACAUCUUAGGCUUAGAAGAAUUAUCUUAUGAAUGAUUACUAAUAUCAUUGUAAUUAGUAAGCCUGGAGGUCUUAUGGAGUGAUAGAAAUUCUUAAGUGUAUCAAUGUGUCCAACAACACAGCAGUGAUGCACAUGAAUCAAUUAUGCAGAUAAAUCCAUGAUCUCUACAGAAAUGAAACUUGUGAAGCAUGUGUGAAAGCUGUUCAUUGUGUUGAGAAUUUUGUCCUACUACUACAGUUUUGCCUUUUAUAAUUAUUGGACGAUUAAUGAAUUCUGUUUUUUUUUCUAAUGAUACUAUACUGUAUAUUUGUAAUAAAAACAAAAGAUCC